AUGAGCAGGGGUGCUCGGAUGCGUCGACAACAUGACGAAGGCGUCAAAUUCUGGUUGGCACCCCGAGGGACCGAGAAGCCGUCCACCGAGUCGGAGCGGGCCCAGAGAUGGCGACUGUCGCUGGCCUCGCUGCUCUUCAUCACCGUCCUGCUCUCGGAUCACCUGUGGUUCUGCGCCGAGGCCACGCUGGCCCGCACCAGGGACAAGCGGCGCUCGGGCCCGACGGCCGAGCAGCCUCGCUCACUCCGCUGGUGGACACCGUCGGAACCCUCACCCUCAUCAUCAUCAUCCUCCUCAUCACCACAUGACCAUCAUCAUCAUCAGCGGCAAGAUGCUAUUUUUCUAGGGAAUUCUACCCAACCUCUGUGGCGGAUGGACACCUGUCACCCGGACAGUGUGUCCAAAGACUGCUUCACUUUCACGGACGCGGACACCGUGUGCCUGGGCCUCGGAGGGGGAGACGCCACCGCCGCGCAGUCGGCGGCCUACGUCAACCUGAGCGAUUUGUACCUUUCUUUUUGUAAUUCUUACUCACUUUUGGAUUUGUUUUACGGGUUUACCGCUCCGCACCACAUGAAUUGCACCCUGGAUAUGGCCAUGGGGGCGGACGCGCCGGGAUGCGGCCGCUGCGUCCGGGCGUACCAGCUCCUCGACCAGCAGGCGGAGGACAACUACCGGGAGUUCGAGCUCCUAGUGCGCAAAUACGAGACGGACGCGUACUCGGUUCGGACGUGCAUGGAGGAAUGCAAGUUGGCGUACAAGCCGUGGCUGUGUUCUCAGUACUUCCAGACCACCCAGUUGCACUGCACCAAAAGAAUCCCCUGUGGUCAACACUGCCUGGAGGUGCAGCAGCGGUGCCCCUUCGUCCUGCCUGACAAUGACGAUCUCAUUCAUGGAGGCAGCCCGAGUUUUAUAUGUGCAGGGUUGCUAGAGGACCACCCCUCCGGCGCCAAGCCCGAAGCGGAGUGCUGCGACGUACGGUGGGACUUGAAAGAGGACAACCUCUCUCGAGGAACGCUGAAAAGAACUCACCCGCCGUGCCAGCACCGAACCUCGCUCAGCUCGUCGGCAGCGUGCAGACUGUGCAACAGCCGCCUCAAACUCUGCCUGCUAGUUCUGGUCCUCCUACACACCGUGGCCAGCCUCACCGCAUCCCACAAUGCAACGGGGCUCCCCGCCAUGGAGGAGAGCCCCGCCAAUGAGGAGUGA